AUGCUCUGUCCAGUCCUGGUGCUUGCGUGGGCCCUUCAGGUCAUGGUGGUGCCCGGCCAGACCAGGGCCGUCAUGGGAGGUGAUCCGGAGAGAUCGCGGGCGAUCGAACUGAUCAAGGGACGCAUCCUCGCGGACUUGGGACUCAGCAGUGCGCCCAGCGGCGCUCCCAGCGAGGCGCAAGGUACGCUCAGCAAGGCUCACAUGGACCACAUGAUGCGCGUGUACCGUCGCAGUGUACAGAGAUCCGUCGAACCUGGUCCUGGAGAACGGGUGCGGAACGACAGGAAAGAGUUCGCCAGGGGAAACGAGCGGGAAGUGAUGCAUUACUACAGCUUCAAGAAUCAGGGGCGGGCAUUCCAGAUGGCGCGCAAGGCCAAAACGUCGUUCCAGCACCUCCGGUUCCAGAUCCACCUCAAGGGGUCGUCCAACGGGAGCACGUCAACUCAGCGAAGCUUCAGCGUCCGCUACGCCAGGCUCCGGUUGCGAACGAUGAGCCGUCGACCGACCCUCAUCCGCGUCUACCAGCUGCUCGAGCCGCAGUGCCCCACCUGCGAGCGACGACUCAUCAACAUCCGCAAAGUGUCCAGAAAAGGACGCCACAGAAUGGACGUGGCAGAGGCGGUCCAGGCGUGGAUAGACCAGCCGGGUUCCAACCACGGGCUCGACGUCGAGUGCAAGCCGGCCUGCAGGCUGGCCAGGGACGCCGCGCUGGACGUGGAGGUGGCCGAAGUCCUCAACAGGUCCCACAGGAGCUAUCAGUACGGACCGCCGGGGGUCCUCCUCCAGCAUCACCGGGCCAUCGACUGCUCGCACGGCCCCAACAACAAGACCGACCUGUGCUGCCGCCACUCGCUCAAGGUGUCCUUCGCAGAGAUCGGCUGGGAUUGGGUUGCCGAGCCCAAGGAGUUUGACGCCUACAUGUGCAAGGGCCGGUGCCCCAACGAUAACCGCAACUUCAACAGUACGCAUGCCCUGGUGCAGAGCUUGAUGAGCGAGCGCGCGGACGUGCCCAGUCCAUGCUGCGCACCGAAGUCCCUUAAGGGCCUCAGUCUUUUGUACCAGGAGGGCCCAAACUCGGACCUGUACACCGUGGCUACGCAGCAGGGCAUGGUGGUGGAGGAGUGCGCCUGCCUCUGAGUGCGUUGCGACGUCUUCAACCAAAGAUAGUUUGACUCGAGCAGACUCUUGAUGAGUGCGUGUCGUGGACGUUUCCGGCCGGAAUUCUCGUCGGAGACUCCCGUCGACGACGUGAAAACGUGUGCCGCUUGACGGCAAUGCUCGUCCGGUCAACGUUCCUCGUUUGACAAGGCGUCACAAAGAAACACGUGUUCGCUGGGAGACGCAUGGA